CAAGACCUCUCGGUCACAGAAGGCUCUGAUACCAUGUCAAGAACCAGUUGAUCCCAAUAACUCGAGUUAUUGGGAGAGGUUCAAUCGUGAAUCAUAUACCACAACACUAACACUCUAUACUCUCUUCUUCUUCCUCUCCUUUUCCGUUCUUCCCCUGAUUCUCUGAUUGUUCUUCUCAAAUUCACCUCCCUUCUUCCUCGAUCUAGUCUAUUUCUAUGUUCUUAAUCACCAGGAAAGAUCCAGAUCCAUCACGACUGUUACAACUUGGUAUCAUAGCCUCUUCUUGGCAAACUUUGACGAGGGCAAUCAGAAUUCGAGAAUUCGCAGCUUUCACCAACAAUGGGGGGUAUGGAGCGACGCGAUGACGCACGGCCUGAUCCAAGCUUUCUGAGUUUGUCAGAGCUACGUCAAACAGGGAUUGCGACCGAAAUUGGCGUCGCAGGGCAUCCGUUUGCUGCCUGUAGCUUAGCUCGUGCGGAGAGCCCACCACCUGUUCGAAGAAAUGCGGAGUUGAAGGUCCUUCUGCAAAGAAGCGGCGUUUCAAACCAACCUGGUGACGCACUUGGAAUCAACGGCCAAUCUCACGGGAAUAUCGGAUGAGCGGAGAGUUGAGUUAUCGGCAGCAAAGUUCCAUCGUAGGCCGGCUAUUUGGUUCUGGAAUUGGGGGUUGCGUCGAGUCGUGUUAGAUUGGGAUGAGUUUGUUGAUGCGGUAUGCAACCGUUUUGGCAGUACAGGUACUAUCACUUCCCUCCUUCUCGGGUGACAAUCCUAAGGAUUGGAUUAGGAAAUGUGAAGAGUUGUUUCGUUUCCACAAAAUACCUGAGCAUGAGAGGGUGGGUCGGGCAUCAAUCUAUCUUGAAGGAAGGGCUCUCGGGUGGUUUCGAUAUUGGCACCCUCAUCAUGAUUUUUGCAGUUGGGCAACAUUUGCUACGACUGUGUGUGAGUAUUUUUGGGAUUUGGAUAUAGAGUGGGUAGUUGGGGUGUUCAACAUGCUUAUAAUGCUAGAGUCGGUAGAGGAGUAUCAAGAGUGAUUUGAGGUAUUGGAAGUGGCACUACUGAGGCUGGAUCUAACGUUACCAGAAGCCUACUUCAUUAAGGGUUUUCUACGUGGCUUGCCGGGUGAUAUUCAAGCAUUGGUGAGGAAGUCACAGCCACAAACUCUUCUCCAAGCAUACCAUCAAGCUCACUUAGAAGAGGAUACCAUCGAGACUUGCAAAAGCUAGAAGCAAUCUCAGCUGGGUGAUUACUCAGGUUCAAGUGGAGAGGUCUUAUUUGAUAUGAAUCAACUUAUUCCUCCUACGGAUUGUACUACCAUCAGCAAUCCAUCGCCUGAGGACUUAAACUGUUUUCGACGUUUUUCAGUUCCAACUCUCCCCACUGCCUGUUCGCAGAAAUACUGAGGCCUCCCUUUUCCCUCCACCUACAGGUACCUAUCCGCCUCUCCUACCUGAACCGGAUUUCCCUUCCUUUUGUGGCGAGAACCCUAGGGCUUGGAUUAGCUUGAGUGAGCAUCUGUUUAGAACGUGUGUUGUCCCUGAGCAUGAGAAGGUUGAGAGGGCAGCAACUAACUUCGGGUCUAGGCCAGAGGUGUGGUUCAAAUGUGGAGUUCUCGACGUCCAGCGUUGGUUUGGGGUGAUUUUGCGGCUGCUCUUUGUCGACGAUUUGAACGUUUUGGAUGGUACAAGGAUCCUGUUGAGAAACACACUGGAGGCUCCAUUGAUAUUGAAAAGGCAGGUCCUUGUGUGGUAAGAAAUCACGAGAAGUACCUAGUGGACUUGGUCUAGAAUUUGGUGGAGCAAAAUGGAUUUGAGUGCCGGAUUGGUCACGCUAACUCUUUGAAGACAGUUGAGGGCUUGGAUGAAAAGAGUACACAGAUAAAUGGAUGCAAUCUUGAGCUGAGAAAAACUAUUUGAUUAUUCAGUAAUAACAAAGGCUUUAAGAGUGGGGAUGUCGUGCUCAAUAAUGCAACUACUUUACUUGCUAAGGCCAUAUCAAAGCUAGAGGAUGAAUUUAAGCAGCUACUUGUGUCUUACAGCAACACUGUGGAGACUGUUCGUCUUCUUGAUUGUCUUUCUGAAUCUGUGCGACCUUCUCCUGGAUCUUAUGGCCACUAUGGCGACCCUAAUUGCCUAGGUCAUCACUUCCAUAAGCAUUCCAAGCAACAGAACCGUAAUGCAGAGGCUGCAUUCAUUCGGUUCCCAUUAUAUGUGGCUGCCAUGACUAAGACUUUUGGUGGGCAAUCCAUCGAUUCCAUUUUUUGUCCUCAUAAUUUCGAUGUUGGAUUUAUAGAGGGCGUUGUAGAGUGCUGCUAAACCAGUUGGGAUUAUAAGUAUAGGGUUUACCCUACUUACUACGGGGUUUGGGUACGAUCUUGUGGCAGAGGAAGGCGCCCUGGUUUCAAGGAGCCUUAUAACUUAUAAGGAUUGUUGUCACUUGGCUGGUGGGCUGUGCUGUUUAUAAUGAGCAUGAUGUUUGUUAAUGAUAUACGGUGUGUUGCAGUAGUAGAGAAAGCUUGAGCUGAUUGUGGGUUAAAGGCUGUGCUGUUUACAGUGAGCAUGAAGUUGUUGGUGUCUAUAUGGGACUAGUUGGUGAUAUGCUUGCAGGGUUCUAUCCAAUCAAUCAGUAGCUUACGCUUACUGCGGCAGCCUAUGAUGAGUUCUAAGCUCUUGCCAAUGAACAGUUAGGAGGGUG